AUGGGUAAUAAGAAAUUUCGUCAAGCCAUUGGAGGAUCAUGUUUGCUAAAAUGCACCGUUCAAAGUCUUGUUAUUGUUCUUGUUGCUCUUGUUAUAACUAUAGCCUUGUAUAGUCGUGCACCACCACCGCCAAUUCAAGUGAUGUCGCCUCCUCCGGUGGUGGUUCUCGAAUUGCGGUCGCCACCACCAAAGAUGACGACGGUACUAAAGGCAAAACCGGUGAAAGUAGAAGUCAUGACGGUGAGUAAAAGCGAAAGAAUAAGUGAUUUAUGGCCGGAGAGUUCAUGUGAUUUGUUCUCGGGGAAAUGGGUUUUUGAUAAUCAAUCAUAUCCUCUUUAUAAAGAUAGAGAAUGUUCUUUCAUGUUUGAUGAUUUGGCUUGUGAGAAAUAUGGUAGGCCUGAUUUAAGAUGGCAACAAUGGAGGUGGCAACCUAAUGACUGUGUUCUUCCAAGGUUUAAUGGGAAGUUGUUUUUGAGUAAAUUGAGGAACAAAAGACUUAUGUUUGUGGGAGAUUCAUUAAACAGAAAUCAAUGGGUUUCAUUGAUGUGUCUCGUUGAAUCUUCAAUUCCUAAACCAUUCAAGUCGAUGAAGUUAAAGCCCCCAAUGUACACUUUCAAGGCCACGGAAUACAAUGCUACAAUCGAAUUUUAUUGGGCUCCGUUCUUGGUUGAGUCGAACAACGACGAUGCCUCGAGUCACCGGUUAGCUGAUCGUAUCAUUAAGCCGAAAGCUAUAGAAAAACACGCGAUUGUGUGGAAUGAUGUUGACUUUUUAGUCUUUAAUACCUAUCUUUGGUGGAGAGUUCCAACCUUAAAGACAAUGGUGGAAUCAGCAUCUUUUGAAGAGCCGAAUGAAAAAUUCAAAAUGGUGAAAAGUUUGCAAAGCUACAAGAUGGUUUUGAAGACAUGGUCAAAUUGGAUAGACAAUCAUAUAAACAAAACAAAGACCAGAAUGUUCUUCAUGGGCAUACCCGCCACCCAUGAAUGGUCUAUCGAUUGGGGUAAUAAGAAAGAUAAAAGAUGUUUGGAUGAAACGGAGCCAAUCUCAAAUACCCGAUAUUGGGGAAGAGGUUCGGAUCCUGAAUUUCUUAAUGCAAUCGGGUCUUCAAUUUCGAAACUAAAAAGAACAGGAUUCAACAUUCAUUUCAUCAAUAUAACUCAAUUAUCCGAGUAUAGAAAAGACGGUCAUCCAUCAAUUUAUCGGAAAUUAUGGCGGCCUUUGACGAAAGAGCAACUGGCUAACCCGAGAGAUUACGCCGACUGCACCCAUUGGUGCCUACCCGGAGUUCCCGAUGUUUGGAAUGAGCUUCUACUUGCCUACAUUCUCCGUUAACGGGCCAGGGUCGGGUCGGAUAGAAAUUCUU